AUGCACAGCUUGCUUCGAUUUAUUAGCCCCAUAUCUGCUGUACACUCGAAGGUGAUGUUUCCAUUGUUACCAUGGCGAUCCUUCUCGAAAGCCAUCGAUCACAGCCGUGUGCCGGUCCUUAACGAGGAAGAGCUGGAGGAAACGUUUGUCCGUGGCAGUGGUCCGGGUGGACAGGCGGUUGCAAAGACAAACAACAAGGUCGUAUUAACACACAAACCGACCGGCAUCGUAGUGCAGUGCCAUGCCACACGCUCGCUGUUCGAAAAUCGUCGAGAGGCGCGAAAGAUGCUGGUCGGAAAAUUGGACCAUCUGUACAACGGUGACCAGUCGGUGGAAGCACAAAUGCAACGGAUCGAAACGAAAAAGCAGACAGAAACGGCCAGACGCAAACAGAAGCUCCAGGCAAAGAAAAAGGCUUGGAAGGAACGCGAGUUCGGAGAUGACCAGGAAAAAGGCUCGUAAUGUUGUAGUAAUAAACAGAUAGAUUUUAUACAGUGUA